CUUUACGGCACGAUGGUCGCACAAGAAUGUGAUACGGCCUCGCCGGCCGCCAUUUUCUCCCUUUCUUAGCGGUUAGCGCACACGGGGCCUCGGCGAGGACGCGGCGGCGGCGGCAGCGCGGCGGCAGCGCGGGCAUGGCCGACUACUCCACAGUGCCUCCGCCCUCCUCGGGCUCGGCCGGCGGCGGCGGCGGCGUGAACGACGCUUUCAAAGAUGCCCUGCAGAGAGCGCGGCAGAUUGCAGCAAAAAUUGGGGGUGAUGCUGGUACAUCAUUGAAUUCAAAUGACUAUGGUUAUGGGGGACAAAAGAGACCCUUAGAAGAUGGAGAUCAACCAGAAGCUAAGAAAGUUGCUCCCCAAAAUGACUCUUUUGGAGCACAGUUACCUCCGAUGCAUCAGCAGCAAAGAUCUGUAAUGACAGAAGAAUACAAAGUCCCAGAUGGAAUGGUUGGAUUUAUAAUUGGAAGAGGAGGUGAACAGAUCUCACGCAUACAGCAGGAGUCUGGAUGCAAAAUACAAAUAGCUCCUGAUAGUGGUGGCCUUCCAGAAAGGUCUUGUAUGCUAACUGGGACACCUGAAUCUGUCCAGUCAGCAAAAAGAUUACUGGACCAGAUUGUUGAAAAGGGAAGACCAGCUCCUGGCUUUCAUCAUGGUGAUGGACCUGGAAAUGCAGUUCAGGAAAUCAUGAUUCCGGCCAGCAAGGCAGGACUCGUCAUUGGAAAGGGGGGAGAGACCAUUAAACAACUUCAGGAACGGGCCGGUGUUAAAAUGGUUAUGAUUCAAGAUGGACCUCAAAAUACUGGUGCUGAUAAACCUCUUAGGAUUACUGGUGACCCAUACAAAGUACAGCAAGCCAAGGAAAUGGUAUUAGAGCUAAUUCGUGAUCAAGGUGGUUUCAGAGAAGUUCGGAAUGAGUAUGGCUCAAGAAUAGGAGGGAAUGAAGGGAUAGAUGUCCCAAUUCCAAGAUUUGCUGUUGGCAUUGUAAUAGGAAGAAAUGGAGAAAUGAUUAAAAAAAUACAAAACGACGCUGGAGUUCGAAUACAGUUUAAGCCAGAUGAUGGAACAACACCAGAUAGGAUAGCACAGAUAACAGGACCUCCAGACCGAUGUCAGCAUGCUGCCGAGAUUAUCACAGACCUCCUACGCAGUGUUCAGGCUGGCAAUCCUGGUGGACCUGGACCUGGUGGUCGGGGACGGGGUAGAGGUCAAGGCAGCUGGCAUAUGGGGCCACCUGGUGGACUGCAGGAGCUUAACUUCAUCGUGCCGACUGGGAAAACUGGACUGAUAAUUGGAAAAGGAGGUGAAACUAUAAAAAGCAUAAGCCAGCAAUCUGGCGCGAGAAUAGAGCUUCAGAGAAACCCCCCACCUAACGCAGACCCUAAUAUGAAGUUAUUUAUAAUCCGUGGCACUCCACAGCAAAUAGACUAUGCUCGGCAACUCAUAGAAGAGAAGAUUGGGGGUCCAGUAAAUCCGUUAGGUCCACCUGUACCCCAUGGGCCCCAUGGGGUUCCAGGUCCUCAUGGGCCUCCAGGGCCUCCAGGGCCUGGAACUCCGAUGGGACCAUACAACCCUGCUCCUUACAAUCCAGGACCACCUGGCCCAGCUCCCCAUGGUCCUCCAGCCCCAUAUGCUCCCCAGGGAUGGGGAAAUGCAUAUCCACAUUGGCAGCAGCAGGCUCCUCCUGACCCAGCUAAGGCAGGAACAGAUCCAAACUCAGCAGCAUGGGCUGCUUACUAUGCUCACUAUUACCAACAGCAGGCACAGCCGCCACCUGCAGCUCCUGCAGGGGCACCAACUACAACCCAGACCAAUGGACAAGGAGAUCAGCAGAAUCCAGCUCCAGCUGGACAGGUUGAUUAUACAAAGGCCUGGGAAGAGUACUACAAGAAAAUGGGUCAAGCAGUUCCUGCUCCCACUGGGGCCCCACCAGGUGGUCAGCCAGAUUAUAGUGCAGCUUGGGCUGAGUACUAUAGACAGCAAGCAGCAUACUAUGCCCAGACGAGCCCCCAAGGAAUGCCUCAGCACCCUCCAGCACCUCAGUGCCUUCCCAGACCUUCCACCUUAGGUUCUGCUGCAAAAAGCAACAGUGCUGAAGAUGCUGCAAGCACCAAAUCAUAGCUCAUAAAAUCAGGUCCUGAGAUAGUUACCCAUAAAGAGGAAUCCUUUGAGUGUAUGCCAUUGGUGAGCCGAUGAGCAUGGACCAUAGAAGGGCUCAAUGUAGAAGGUAAAAUUGGCAAAUCAUAAUUGAGAAAUAUGAAAUGUAUUCCCAUACAUAAUAAUGAUAUAGGGUGUGAUGUACCUGCUCUUGAUCACUUUUCAUUUUAAAGUGCUAUUCACUUAAAUGUUCCAUGAACUGUUACGUUUAAAUUAUAUAGUUAUUGCACACACACUGUUUGGGGUGUGUGUAUGUGUGCGGAGUGAGUGAGUUUGGGUCAGUAUGUUGAAAGCAGAUCUCUUUAUUUAGAGCCUGUGAAGUACUGAUUAGUUGCAGUUUGUGUUUGGAAAUCUGGAUGAAUGCUUAUAGAUACUGGGGAUUGUUUCUAUCUUGUGAGACAUUUUAAUUCAUUACCAUAACCCUUCACUGGUACUUUAAGCAUUUUGAAUAGCGCCAAUCUUAACCUUUAAGUAAACUGGAAAAGCUGCAAAGGUGAGCCAGUUGAUUUGAAUCCAGUAGAUACUUAAGGAUGGUAGAAAAAUAGAAUGGUUUAAAUUGCAAUUAAACUCAUUUAAUAUUUAAACAAGUUUAUGGCAUUUUUAAUGACAUACGUGCUAGUGUGGUGAUAAUUUUGAAUUGUUUGCUUUGAUGUUUCAGAAAUGCGUAUGCUUGUUUGUUUUUGUUUUUUAAGUAAUGAGAAUCAUUUUAAUGCUAAAGCUAGUGAUUUGAUAAAACAAAUGCCUUGGUAGUUAAUUCCUUAGCGUUUAGAUAGCGGUGGUGAGUGCUCUCAGAGGGAGUUUUCGUUGACUUGAAUGCUCUGCCAAUACAACCAGUUCUUCCUGAAAAUAGUUACAUGUCAUCUAGAAUAUUGAUAUAGACUUAACUGAUCACUGGAGAUUUCUCAUUUUUAUUUCUGCAACUUCUACCUGCCUUUAAAAUGCAUUUUCAUAAUACUUGAGAUAAUUUGACUGAAAAUAACUCUACUUUCUGUUUGAUCAGUCAAUUGACUUUAAUUAAGGAAUUUUUAAAUUGGUGUUUAAAGAAGCAAAUCCCAGGGUUUUAUUUUCUUCAGUGAUACCCUAGAGAAACUUAAUGCAUUUGCGAAUAUAUAUAUUUUCUUAUGCAUGCUCCAUGCAUUUUCGUCCUGAGAAAAGUGUUCUCUACAGAAACUACCCGUGUGUUAAAAGAAGAUUGGCUUAAAAUGGCUACUGUGAUGGGAACAGUGUCUUAGGGAGAUGCAGCUUGGACUUGAGGUAAAUUGAAUACUUUACAAACUGGUUUAGAGUUUUGCUUUAAUGACAUUGUAUGUAAAGGGGCACGUGAUUGUGUAGUUUUGUAUUCUUUAUGGUUUCCUUAAUUUAAAAUAAAUGUACAAUGAUUACUA